UUCUUUUCAUUCUCCUUUCAGGCCUAAAGGGCGGUGGCCCCAGUGGUGGAAGCGGCGGUGGUGCUAACGGUACCUCCUUUAGCUACACAUUCCAUGGAGACCCUCAUGCCAUGUUUGCUGAGUUCUUCGGUGGCCGAAAUCCCUUUGACACCUUUUUUGGACAGCGAAACGGGGAAGAAGGCAUGGACAUUGAUGACCCGUUCUCUGGCUUCCCCAUGGGCAUGGGUGGCUUCACCAACAUGAACUUUGUCCGCUCCCGCCCUGCCCAAGAGCCUACCCGAAAGAAGCAAGACCCCCCUGUCACCCAUGACCUUAGGGUCUCCCUUGAAGAGAUCUACAGCGGCUGUACCAAGAAGAUGAAGAUCUCCCAUAAAAGGCUGAACCCCGAUGGGAAGAGCAUUCGCAACGAAGACAAAAUCUUGACCAUUGAAGUGAAACGGGGGUGGAAAGAAGGGACCAAAAUCACGUUCCCCAAGGAGGGAGACCAGACCUCUAACAACAUUCCAGCUGACAUCGUCUUUGUUUUAAAGGACAAGCCACACAAUAUCUUUAAGAGAGAUGGCUCUGAUGUCAUUUACCCAGCCAGGGUCACCCUCCGGGAGGCUCUGUGUGGCUGUACUGUGAAUGUCCCCACUCUGGACGGCAGGACCAUACCCAUCGUGUUCAAAGAUGUCAUCAGGCCUGGCAUGCGGCGAAAAGUUCCUGGAGAAGGCCUCCCUCUCCCCAAAACACCCGAGAAACGCGGGGACCUCAUUAUUGAGUUUGAAGUGAUCUUCCCCGAAAGGAUUCCCCAGACGUCAAGAACCAUACUUGAGCAGGUUCUUCCAAAAUAGCCACCUGUGUUCCCCAAGGACUGACCAGGGACCUUUCCAGAGCUCAAGGAUUUCUGGACCGUUCCACCAGUUGUGGACCCGUGAGAGGGCGGGAGGGCCCAGGGAGGGCUUUCGUACUGCUGAAUGUUUUCCAGAGAAUAUAUUACAAUCUUUCAAAGUCGUG